UCUGGUCCGAAAAUGCAAUGCAACUAAUUGUAAGGGGUUGAGUUGCGCCCAACUCAGUCUGGAACCUCCCCCGUCAGCCACCACCGUCACGUACUCUAAUAUUAGUCGGUGACAACUGUUCAGUUCGCUUCAGAAACCGCAACAAUUCAAGAAUAGUCUCGUAGUUCAGUGUCACCACAGAACCAAAAUCAAUCGACCAUACUGUAGAAUCGAGAAAACAAUGGCGACGGAACAAUCAGUAAUGGCGGUGAUGAGGGCAUCACGACCCACCUUCAAAAAGCCUCACGAUAAAGUGGUCUUCUUGGUCCACGCCUCCUUUCUCGCCUCUGGCUACGUUCUGAAAGCCGUAGGUCCCGCCGCUUUCGCUGACGAUGCUCUGACGUCCACUCUCAGGGGUAAAACUUCACUAUUUAUCUUAUAAAGAUGCACAUGCGACUAUGUAAUUUGUUUUUUCGGCAAUUAGAUGAGGUGCGUAUUGAGAGAUGGAACGAAUUUGAGGACAACUAUGCGUUCCUUUAUUCACAUCCUGAAAAGGGUUCGAAAGUGUUGGUGAAGGUUCUCGCUAUCAAAGAUAAAGUGCUCGUCGAUGCUUUGAGUGAAGGCAGUUCUGACCCAAUUCAUCUUGAAAUCAAUGUUGGGGACUACGUUGGAGAAAAUGGCGUAGCCAAUUAUGAUUCACAGUUCAAGGAUUUGAGGAAGCUGGUGAGUGUCGUGGAUAAAGAGAUUUUAAGUAAAUUGAGUGGUCCUUCAACAGCAAAUCCUUCAAUUCAAUAUCCAAGUUUGGAGACAAUAGAACCGAGAGAAAUUGAACUUCAAGGCCCUCAACCUUUUCAUCCUUCAGGGGUGGUUGUUCCUCCAGUUUAUCCAACAGUUGGUUGUAGUGAUCUCCUCCCUGGGCCUGGUGCUGGAAUAUACCCUAUUAGGUUCUUCACAGCCCCUGAUUUUUCACUGCUUUCAUUAAUGAGUUGCACUUUUUGGAGCACACAAUUUCCUUUAGUGGAAGCAUUUUACCAUUUGUUACUUAUUGUUUCAACUGUCUUUCAGGGGUGGUUUUGGUGGCAUGCUUGUAGGACCCAAUGAUCCUCGUUUUUUUGGUGGGGUAGGCGGAGAGCCUGGGGUGCUCGAUUUGAUCCCUAUGCCCCCCCUGGUGUUCCUGCUUUUGAGCCUAAUCCAUUUGUCAGGUAUUUUGCAACGUAUGACUCUAGUUCUCCUUACAGUUGAUCAAGUAUAGUUUUAGCUGUGAAUUAUUUCUGUAUGCAAAUUAAUGUUUCUUGAGGUGAUGUGGAAAGCCUUAGAAUUAAGCAUAGGGUCUAGUUCAGAGCAGAAUUGAAAGUGUUUAGUCCAUACCACUAUACCAGGAUUUAUCCCUCCCUCACCCCAAUAAAUAAUACUUCAUCUUCUUGGGUUUCCAAAUAAAUGUUCUGGCUAAAUGUAAACACUAUGAUGAAUAGCUAAGUUGUUUAAUUAUUAUUUCUUUUUACGACCACCACUAUCACCACCACUACUGUGGAAAUGAUCCUUUUAAAUUCUACCUUUUAGAAAAAACAUUUAUUCUAGUUCUGGGAUGGCCAAUGGAGUUGCUUGGCUUUGGUCCUUCCCCAUCCCUAGUAUGUCUGUAUUUUUGUUAGUGGGCGCUUUACAACUUACUGGUCCAGUACCUUUCUUGCUUUCUUCUUCUAUUUUCUUUGUUUGACAUAUAUUUUUUCAUUGUGAUGUUGUGCGAAACCCACCUGGCCGUGGAAUUCAU